CCUCUUUCAGCCCCCCCUUCCCACGCCCCAGUGCGCUGUGGGAUAGUGGCACUAUAAAGUAUAUCCUCUCUCGAAGAAAGAUAAGGAGCCCAAGACAGGAGGGGAUGAAGAUGGCGGACGCCAAGCAGAAGAGGAAUGAACAGUUAAAACGGUGGUUAGGCUCGGAGACAGAUAUCGAGCCUCCUAUUUUGAAAAAGAAGAAGACGAAGGUGAAGUUCGACGAUGGCGCCGUGUUUUUGGCUGCCUGCUCGAGCGGCGAUACCGAGGAGGUGCUCCGAAUGCUUGACCGGGGUGCUGACAUAAACUACGCCAAUGUAGACGGUCUUACUGCCCUCCACCAGGCGUGCAUAGAUGACAACGUUGACAUGGUGACCUUCCUGGUGGAGCAUGGAGCCAGCAUCAACCAGCCAGACAACGAGGGCUGGAUCCCCCUGCACGCGGCAGCCUCCUGUGGAUACAUGGACAUAGCAGAGUACCUGAUCAGCCAGGGGGCCAGUGUGGGCGUGGUGAACAGUGAGGGGGAGACCCCCCUGGACAUCGCUGAGGAGGAGGCCAUGGAGGAGCUACUGCAGAACGAGAUCAACCGACAAGGAGUGGACAUCGAGGCGGCCAGGAAGGAGGAGGAGCGCAUCAUGCUGAGAGACGCCCGCCAGUGGCUCAACAGCGGCCAGAUCAGCGACGUCCGCCACGCCAAGUCCGGCGGCACGGCGCUCCACGUCGCCGCUGCCAAGGGAUACGCCGAGGUUUUAAAGCUUUUAAUCCAAGCAGGGUAUGAUGUAAAUAUCAAGGACUUUGAUGGCUGGACUCCGCUCCACGCUGCUGCACACUGGGGCAAGGAGGAGGCCUGCAGGAUACUGGUGGAGAACCUGUGUGACAUGGACCUCAUCAACAAAGUGGGUCAGACAGCUUUCGACGUGGCAGAUGAAGAUGUCAUUGCCUACUUGGAAGAACUGCAGAAAAAGCAGAAUCUGCUUCUGAGUGAGAAGAAAGAUGUGAAAAAGUCUCCCUUGAUAGAAACCACCACCACUGGGGACAAUAAUCAAUCUUUGAAACCACUGAAGAGCAAAGAGACUGUCCUCCUGGAGCCGGAGAAGAGUGCCCCCCGUAUCGAGGCCCUGGAGCCGGAGAAGGUGGACGAGGAAGAGGAGGGCAAGAAGGACGAGUCCAGCUGCUCCAGCGAGGAGGAGGAGGAGGAGGAAGACUCUGAAUCCGAAACCGAAGCAGACAAGAGCAAGCCUUCGCCCCCGGUCAGCAACAGCACCAGCACCCCCACCCCGGCUCCAGCCAGCGUCGCCGUGUCAUCGCCCACCACCCCCACCACCCCGACCAGCCCCACUAACCAGGUGACUCCCACCUCGCCUCUCAAGAAGGUGGCCCAGUCGGCAGGGAAGGUGUCCCCCAAGGAGGACGAGAGGAAGGACGAGUCCCCCGCCUCGUGGCGCCUGGGCCUGAGGAAGACGGGCAGCUACGGGGCGCUGGCGGAGAUCACCACCACCACCAAGGAGGCCCAGAAGGAGAAGGACCCGGCCGGGGUGAUGCGCUCGGCCUCCAGCCCCCGCCUCUCCUCCUCCCUGGACAACAAGGACAAAGAGAAGGAGAAGGACAAAGGGACCCGGCUUGCCUACGUCGCCCCCACCAUCCCCAGGAGGCUGGCCAGCACGUCAGACAUCGACGAGAAAGAGAACAGGGACUCUGCUGCUAGCCUGGUGCGCAGCGGCUCCUACACCCGGAGACGCUGGGACGAGGACACCAAGAACAGCGAAGGCACCGCCUCCACCAACAGAACCAUGCCCAGCUACCAGCGCAGGUUAGCCCCACGCCCCGCCCGUGUCAGACCCCCCCCCCCCUCCUCAUCCCUCUCCACCCGACCCUCCUCUCCAGGGCAUCAGGUCGUCAAAGCAUCGAUCCCUCUCCGGUCAUUCAGCUGUUAAUGAGUCAAACUAACG